AUGUGGGGAAGCAGGAAGCAGAGGGACGACGGCGCUACUCUCAUUGCCAUGGAAACCAACCUGGAGGAUGACCGGGAUAGUGUCACCAUGAAUGCACCGGUCCAGCCUGCAGUGGGGAGCGUGCUCAGUGACGGCUCUACUCCAGUCGACUUCGUUCUGGUGUGGGAGGAGCCUCUGGAUCUGGGGGAGGAGCCUCUGAGCUCAGGGGAGGGGUCUGGUGACACUGACUCCGCCCACCAGCAGUGGAGGGAGGAGUUUCUGAGCCGACUGACGGAGCGUGGACUGAUCCAGGAGCAGAGGGUGGUCCUCCUGGAGAAGAAGAAGACCUCCUUCGUCCUCCUCAGCGCUCCGUGGAGCCUCCUCUGUUAUUACGCCGAGGAGAUCAGCCUCAGAGUCCCUCUGCAGGUGGUGGAGGCUCCAAACCUGAACUCGUCUGAACAGGUCCUGUCCAAGCUGUCCCUCCCCAACCCCCUGUCCCAGGACGUCCCCAACCCCCCAGCUGACUACUACACCUGUCAGUUCAGGACCAACAAGCUGCAGAGGUUUCUGGGCAGCGACCACCAAGAGACCUUCUUCAAGACCACUCAGAGACACCAGGUGCUGUACGAGAUCCUGGCCAGGACUCCGUACGGUUCGGUGAAGAAGGGGGAGGUGGGAAUUGACCGGCUGGUGAGCGAGCAGGUCUUCACUGCUGCCUACCCCCUGCACCAGGGUGACUUCCGGCUGCCCUCCCCCCCGGUGCCGCCCCACUGUUUGGGUCUGAGACAGAUCCUGUAUGCGUACUGGGCCCAGUGGUCCUGCUGGAGGCGCUACCAGCCUCUGGACCACAUCAGGGAGUACUUUGGGGAGAAGAUAGCGCUGUACUUUGCCUGGAUCGGUUUCUACACUGUCUGGCUGUUACCAGCGUCUCUCGUCGGCACGGUGAUCUUCCUGAUCGGGUUCGGCCUCAUGGCCACUGAUGUUCCAGCGAAGGAGGUGUGUAACAGUGGAAACAGAUUCAUUAUGUGUCCGAUCUGUAACAUCUGCUCCUACUGGAACUACUCCAGCAUCUGUAGCACCUACAAGGCCGGUCUGCUGUUCGAUAACGGAGGGACAGUGUUUCUCAGUGUCUUCUUGUCUCUGUGGGCCGUCACCUUCCUGCAGUACUGGAAGAGACGAUGCUCAGUUCUGGCUCACUGCUGGGACUGCUCCGACUUUGAGGACACUGAGGAGCGACCUCGUCCAGAGUUCACCGCCAUGGCGCCGAUGACGGUGAGGAACCCGGUGACCGGAGCAGAGGAACCCUACUUUCCUGAGCAGAAGCGCCUCAACAGAACUCUGACCUCCUGCAUGGUGAUCAUCAUCAUGGUUGCCGUGGUGCUGAUGUUCGUCAUCGGCGUCAUCAUGUAUCGCACCAUCGUCGUGGUCAUCCUCUACAGGAACAUGAAGAUCUUAUCCAGCUCCAUCGCCGUGAGGAUCACCAGCAUCACAGCAUCAGUGUUGAACCUGGUGGUCAUCCUCCUGCUGUCCAAAGUUUACAUCGCUCUGGCCCGAGUCCUCACCCGCUGGGAGAUGCAUCGCACACAGACCAAAUACGAAGACAUGUUCAUCCUCAAGGUUUUCAUCUUCCAGUUCGUCAACUUCUACUCGUCUCCGGUUUACAUUGCCUUCUUCAAAGGCAGGUUCGUCGGUUACCCUGGAAACUACAACACAAUGUUUGGAGUUCGCAACGAAGACUGUGGAGCAGGUGGAUGUCUGAUUGAUCUGGCUCAGGAGCUGCUGGUCAUCAUGGUGGGAAAACAGCUGAUCAACAACAUCCAGGAGUUCUUCUUACUGAAGGUGAAGUCUUGGUGGCAGAAGAGGAAGCUGAACCAUCAAAAGAAGGAGGAGGAUGAAGAGGAGGUUCACAACUACCAGGAGGAGGUUCCUCAAUGGGAGGCCGACUACCAGCUGCAGGUCUGUGGAGGACUCUUCGACGAAUACCUGGAGACAGUGCUGCAGUUCGGUUUCAUCACCAUCUUCGUGGCGGCCUGUCCUCUCGCUCCUCUCUUCGCUCUCAUCAAUAACUGGGUGGAGAUCCGUCUGGACGCCCACAAGUUCGUGACUGAAUAUCGCCGGCCGGUGGCGGAGCGAGCUCAGGACAUCGGUAUCUGGUUUCCCAUCCUGCAGUUCAUCACACACAUGGCCGUCCUCAGCAACGCGUUCCUCAUAGCGUUCACCUCGUCCUUCCUGCCCCGUCUGUACUACCGUUACACCAGAGACAGCACGCUGAGAGGCUUCAUCAGCUUCACUCUGGCCACGUCUCCACACACCUUCAGCCAGCAGCACCACAACGCCUCCUGCAGGUAUCGAGGUUUCAGGGAUGAAAACGGUGAAUACCUGCCAGAGUACUUCCAUCUCCUCGCCAUACGUCUCGGUUUUAUCAUCGUCUUUGAGCAUGUGGUCUUCUUCAUCGGCCGCCUGAUAGACCUGAUGGUCCCUGAUAUCCCUGAAGAGGUGGAGCUGAAGAUAAAGAGGGAGCAUUACAUGGCUAAAGAGGCGCUUGCUGAGAACCAGUCUUUGAUGGAAACCCUGGUUCCUUAUGAAAACGACAUCCCAUCCACUGAUUUGUGACAGCGUGGAUCCAGAACUUCACCACCAAACCUGGAGGGGAUCCCAGAGGAGGAUGAACACACUCCAUCUGCUUCCACAUCUACAAGACGGAGCUUCUUUGGUCGACCAGAACUAUGUCACAUCUUUUAAAGAACUACAGACCAACACAAGACCUGAAGAUACAACAGAACUUACAGUCCUCUGCUAGAUUUGUAGAAGAUCUACAGGGUUUGUGUCAAACCUCUACAGAACAAGAGUUCCAACACAUCUGCAACAUCUCUGGACUACACAAUCUCCCAGAGUUGUGUUGGAUCCCUACAUACCCUUCAAGAUACUUUCCCAGAAGUCUACAGGAUCUGCAGACAUCUUCUAGACUUCACCAAGAGCUACAAGUCUUCCUCACAUUUCUACAGGAUCUGUUGGACAGAAUGCUGCAUGACCUGCAAGAACUGUUUCAGACUUUUAAAAGUCCUACAAGAACUGUGUAGGAUCUACAGACAUAACAAGACUGACAGACCUCUGCUAGACAACAUCUACAAGGUUACACCUCUGGAAGACUUCUACAAGAGCUACAACAUCUGUGAUCUACAGGAUCUACUAGAGGAUCUUGUGGAACUCUGAGAGGUCGACAGCGUCUACAGGAUCGCUGUUAGAUUUAUCCAAGAACUACAAGACUUUAUCUGGACUUCCUGCUAGAACUCUGCUCUAUUGAUCUCAACCAGCUCCUGACAGGAGUUUUAUCGUCGCUCUUAUAGACCCCUGGAUCUCUGAUUCUGUUCAAAAGGUCAGAAAUGUGGAGCGGAGUUUCCUCACGUCUUGUUUGGUCCAAAGAUCUUCAGUUUACCGUCACAGAAGAAAGAAACCAGAAAAGAUUCACAAUUAGGAAAAUGCAAUCUCACAAUUUAAGCUGUUUUUAUUUAGAAAUGAUCAAAACCAAUGAAUCAGUUAUCGAUAGUGAGCAGCUAACGGACUUAUUUAUGUCUUUUUCCUGUCUGUGUCUCCACUGGUAGAAGAAACCUCCCCAUGAACCUUCACCUGAUCAGAUGUUCAUGUAUUUCUGAUCAUCUGACCAUCCAGCUGUGUCUUUGUUCAGUUGAUAGUAAUUAAUGUUUAUUUGUAUUUGAAGGGAUUUUCUUCUUCUGCAAUUCCAGCAUGUAAUCAUAAAUAAAUCCUGUCUCCAGAUGAUCCUGGUUCCUCUAAAAGUUCUGACCAACCAUCUCCCA